AUGGCCAUGUCUGAACGAUGCAUCAAGUGCCAUGCACCAGCUGAGAAACAUGCCGGUGUGUCUUGCGUGACAGUGUCUAUGGAUGACAUACAGUUUGAAGAGGCUGCCAGGGUUGGACAAAUCAUUACCAUAAAAGCAAAGUUGAACAGAGCGUUCAAAACCAGCAUGGAGGUUGGCAUCAAGGCUACAGUACAGGACGUUUUGACUAAUGUUGAAAAAAUUGUGAGUGUGGCAUAUGCAACCUACGUAGCCAAACCAGUUGGUGCUGCAAAGAUUGAAUUAGAACCUGUAAAGCUUUUGUCUGCAGAAGACCACCUGGAGCACACCCUGGCUAUUGAGAGAAGAAGAAUCCGACUGGGCUAUGAACAGGUCUUUCAGAACCUAAUGCAGGAGAGUAAUAAGGAAGACACUUUUGAAGACAAAGAUGCAGUUUCAACUGACCUUACUCAUGUACAGAGUAUUGAGCUUGUCCAGCCUCCUCAUGCAAACCAUCAUGGGAACACUUUUGGUGGCCAAAUCAUGGCUUGGAUGGAGACAGUAGCAAGUAUUUCAGCAAGCCGCCUUUGUCGUUCAUAUCCCAUCUUGAAAUCAGUCAAUAUGUUCAAAUUCUGGGGACCAUCCGUCGUGGGUGACCGCCUUGUCUUCAAUGCAAUGGUGAACAACACAUUUCAGAAUAGUGUGGAGGUUGGUGUCCGUGUUGAGGCUUAUAACUGUGAAGAAUGGAUCAAGGACCAAGCACGGCAUAUUAACAGCGCGUUUCUCAUUUUUAACACUGUAAAUGACAAAGGAGAGCUGCUCACCUUCCCCAGAAUCAGACCUACCACAAAGGAUGGUAUGAGGCGAUACCAUGGAGCUGUUGCCCGAAGGAGAAUUCAACUAGCAAGAAAAUGCAUGCUGUCUGCUAAAGGAGACAAACCUUCUGAUCCCUGGGAGAGAAGCAGCCAGGCAUAUGUGAGUUACAGCAAUAUAGCUGCACUGACACACCUAGCAGCAAAACCGGGAUGGGAAAUAACCAGUAGAUUGGAUGACACAAAAAUAUGGACUCAUGAGGACAGUGAUGUGUUGUCACUCAAAGUUGAAAUGCAAGUGAAGAUACCAUCACAUCUAGCUUUCUCCCUUUUGUCUGACUUCACAUUCCGCCAACAAUGGGACAAACAUUUCAUAACUUGUGAGGUCCUACAGGCUGUGAAUGAAGAUGAGAAAAUAUAUUAUGUUACGUCUCCACCCGUGACUGGCCAUAAACCCAGAGACUUUGUGAUUCUUGUGUCUCAAAGGCAACCCUGUAAGCCAAGUGAACCCUACAUCAUAGCUGUAAAGUCAGUUACCCUCACGUCUAUGCCACCUUCUCCAGAAUAUUGCAGAAGUGAAAUCCUUUGUGCCGGAUUCCAGAUCUACAGUGACAGCAACAGCUCCUGUACAGUGUGUUACUUCAAUCAAGUGACAUCCGGUGUUAUGCCAUACUUAGCUGCAAAUCUUACUGGGUCAUCAAAAUCCAUUGAAGACACUGCUUUGGAAUGUAUAAAGUUCUUGGAGCGGAAAGGUAGCGGGUACUGAAGUUAAAAAAGGAUUUCUGAAGAGA